GUGAGCCUCACCUCGACCAGCACGAGCACCUGGAGCAGCAGCAGCAGUUGCGAGCAGGAAAGAGCAUGCUGGGCGCGGUGAAGAUGGAAGGCCACGACGCUCCAGACUGGAGUUACUACAGCGAGGAGGUCUACUCCCCGAUGGCGGCGGGUCUCGGGAUGGGUGCUGUGUCAAGCUACAUGUCCGGCAGCGGAACGGCGUCCACCUCUUUCAAUAUGCCAUACAGCGGCCCCAGCAUAAGCCCCGCCCCGGUGUCAGGGAUGGGUGUGUGCAGCCUCAGCAGUGGCGCAAUGGGCGGGACUCUGAGCCCGUCCUGCAUGAGCUCGGCGACGGCCCAGCAGACUUCCUUGGCCCUGAACCCAUACGGCGGCGCGAGUCCGAGCGUCAACGCCGGCACGGCGUACAGCGGAGGCGGCGGGCUGAACCGAGGCCGCGACGGCAAAGCAUUGAGGAGAAGCUACCCGCACGCCAAGCCGCCGUACUCGUACAUCUCGCUUAUCACCAUGGCAAUCCAGCAGGCGCCUGGCAAGAUGCUGACCCUCAGUGAGAUCUACCAGUGGAUCAUGGACCUGUUCCCGUACUACCGGCAGAACCAGCAGCGCUGGCAGAACUCCAUCCGCCACUCGCUGUCCUUCAACGACUGCUUUGUCAAAGUCUCACGCUCGCCCGACAAACCCGGGAAGGGGUCCUACUGGACCCUGCACCCGGACUCUGGUAACAUGUUUGAGAAUGGCUGCUACCUGCGGCGCCAGAAGCGUUUCAAGUGUGACAAGAAGGUCCAAUCGGAGGGCAGGAAGGAGCGAGGGGGCGGAGCCUCUCCUUGCAGGGAGACCCUAAAGCCUCCCGGACUCUCAGACACGUCCUCACUGGCGUCGUCCAGCCGGGCGGGGCUACCCGGCUCGGACACCAAGGUGUCAGGCUCUCAGUUGCUGUCGUCCUUGUGCCUGCCGCCGCACGCGCACAUGCACGUGCAUGAGGCCCAGAUGCACCUCAAAGGCGACGCCCACUACGCCUUCAACCACCCUUUCUCCAUCAACAACCUCAUGUCUUCAGAGCAGCACCACAAACUGGACCUGAAGGCCUACGAGAGCCUGCAGUACUCACCCUACGGCACCGGACCCGCCAUUGGCACCAGGACGGUCGAGUCGCUGGAGGCGUCGUACUACCAAGGGGCGUGUCCCAGGGCGCUCCUCAACACCUCCUAGUCCUCACUUCCUGUUCCAGGCUUUGCAUGCCGCCUCACUAUGGGACUUCCUGUUUGGACUUAUUGGACAGGACACAAACACGUUCCAAAAACAUUCACCUCCACGUGCACGCGGUCGUGCACGCUUCCAUCAUGUUGAUGUUUGGGGUCAAAGGUCAGAGGUGUGACUGCAGGGGU